GCUUCGAGUAGAAGCAGAAGAAACUCAAGAAAGCAUCAAGAAAGCACCUAAGCAGAAAGGGAAGUCUAGAAGCAGAGAUAAAUGAUAGGCAGAUAAAGAAUUGCAAAUAAAUAGAAGCAGAUAAAUAAUACUCCGUAGCCUGGAAUUGGAAGGGAGUUGCGACUAGAAUUGGGAGUCGCGACAGAAGCAGAGUUGCGAUUGGGAGUCGCGAAAUUCAAAGUCGCGAUUGGAUUGGGAUUUUGAAGCGACGCUGCAUUCAAUCGUCGAUCUAUUGCGAUCGUACGAUUUCUCGAUCCGGAACGACGAUCCGACCGAGCCUAUUGACCAUCGCGAUUCUGGAGGCGAGUCAGAUCGGGAAGUUGCUGGCGAUCCCUGGACUCGUAGAAUCGUACAAGUGAGGAAGAAUGACUGGCACAGACUUGGUGGUGAUUCAACCUCCUGAUCUCAAGUUCACAUUCGACUUGCUAAAACAAAGAUCAUGUUCUGUUUACUUGACCAACAUCACAGGACUAGAGAUUUCUCUUUGUGGGAACCUUCUUCAUCCUGGAAUGGGGUCUGGUUUGGCUGUAGAAGUAUUUGAUGCAAAUCGCAUAUCUGAAAUGGAAUUUAAAAACUCUGCANAAUUAUUAAAAAUGAAAAUUUGGUUGUGAGGGUCCAUGGGAAGUACUUGUCAUGGGAGAAAGCUGUUCCGUUUGUACUGGGGAUGUCUGCUUAUGAAUUUCCCUUUGAAAUUGAAGGAUCUAUGGUCUGAUGUUCUUGGUCGGUUCAUGCCUUUGGUCGGGAAGGAUUGGACUCAUUCUGGAAUUGCAAGACUUUUUUCGGAAAUAAAGGCAACGCAAGGCAUCCUUGACAAGGGACAUCAAGGGUCAUAAUAAAUUAUCGCUCCCUGCAUGAGGUGGAAAGGAGGUUGGCCAAGGCCAAGUUGUUUAAAGUUCUUGUGGCAGGGAAAAAUAAUCAGAACUUACAGACCUCCAUUUUUCUGUGAAUAUCUUUUUCAAAGCCAAGCUCCAGCUUUUGUAAAGCCAAGCAACACUUCCUUCCCAAGGGAAAUCACGACUAAUCCAAAAUUAAUCUGACCCUGCAUCAGAGAUUUGUUUCAAUAUCAAACAAGACGGGAAAGAGAUACAUCAACUCCAGCUUUUGUAAAGCCAAGCAACACUUCCUUCCCAAGGGAAAUCACGACUAAUCCGAAAUUAAUCUGAACCUGCAUA